AAUACAUUAUAAAUUGCAGAUUACACACAUACGUAUCACUAGAUACAGAGAGGAGAGAGAAAGUUGGCUAUGGCUUCAUUGGUCAACAACGCAUACGCUGCGCUUCGCACCUCCAAAUUGGAGCUCCGAGAAGUUAAGAAUCUUGCCAAUUUCCGAGUUGGACCUCCAUCAUCGCUCAGCUGCAACAAUUUCAAGAAGGUUUCUUCUUCUCCAAUCACCUGCAAAGCUGUGGCUGUUUCACCUCCGUCCACCAUUGAAGGCCUUAACAUUGCUGAAGAUGUUUCUCAGCUAAUUGGAAAAACCCCAAUGGUGUAUCUCAACAAUGUAUCAAAAGGAUCAGUUGCAAACAUUGCUGCGAAGCUUGAGAGCAUGGAACCUUGCUGCAGUGUCAAGGACAGGAUUGGCUACAGUAUGAUUGAUGAUGCUGAGCAGAAAGGAGUUAUCACACCUGGAAAGACUACUCUAGUGGAGCCUACGAGUGGGAAUACUGGAAUAGGACUUGCCUUUAUAGCUGCUGCAAGAGGAUACAAGAUUACCUUGACAAUGCCAGCUUCCAUGAGUAUGGAAAGGAGAGUUAUCUUGAAAGCAUUUGGAGCUGAGUUGGUCCUGACUGAUCCAGCUAAGGGAAUGAAAGGAGCAGUUGAGAAGGCUGAAGAGAUUUUGAAGAAAACUCCUGAUUCCUACAUGCUUCAGCAGUUUGACAAUCCUGCAAAUCCCAAGAUACAUUACGAGACAACAGGUCCCGAGAUCUGGGAAGACACAAAAGGCAAAGUGGACAUUUUUGUUGCAGGCAUUGGAACUGGAGGAACGAUUUCUGGAGUUGGACGGUACCUCAAAGAAUGUAACCCUGGUGUGCAGGUAAUUGGUAUAGAACCUACAGAAAGCAACAUACUUUCUGGUGGAAAGCCUGGUCCACACAAGAUUCAAGGACUUGGGGCUGGUUUUGUUCCCAGCAAUUUAGAUUUGGGUGUGAUGGAUGAAGUUAUUGAGGUAUCUAGUGAAGAAGCUGUAGAAAUGGCAAAGCAAUUGGCAAUGAAAGAAGGCUUGUUGGUUGGCAUUUCAUCUGGAGCAGCAGCAGCUGCUGCAGUCAGGAUUGGUAAAAGACCUGAAAAUGCAGGAAAACUUAUUGCUGUUGUGUUCCCAAGCUUUGGUGAGAGAUACCUGUCAUCCAUUUUGUUCCAAUCUAUUCGAGAAGAGUGUGAAAACAUGAAGCCAGAAUAGUGAGGAGUCAUUUCUUGGAUAUUCUUGGCGGGGGCGCAUUGUUAGAUUUUUCAGGUUGUGCCUCUUGCUUGCUUGUCGCGUUCUUUAGAGCCAAGAAUGGCUUAUGUUUUCUCAAUUUAUUUGUUGACAUGAAAUGAGCAAUAAAAUUAUGCAUGUAGAUCAGAACAGCAGAUGACGAUUUUUAACAAAUUUUCCUAAUAUUACUUUGGCUUACUCAAUUAUUGUUGCAUAUGAUAGUUUUUGUAUUCAUGCACGAGUUCUUUCGA